AUGAAUUGCGUCGAUGCGCACGUGGAAUGUCUACGUACCCGACAGACAAGAGUCCAUCGCCCAAGGGUUUCUCGGCUUGACGCCUUGGCAGAACGACUGGCCAGACUUGAGAAAACAGGCCAUGGCGCCCCGAACAUCGCGUCACCAGUGUCGCUUGCUGCAAAUCAUGAAGCUAUCCGCAGUUUACCAUCGCCUCCCAAGGCUCACCAGUAUAAUCAAGUAUCUACCUCCAAAAGAAAAUAUCCCACCACCAAUAGCUCGGUUUCCAGCUCAGUGAGCCCUUCGGCUCUACCGGAGCCAAAGCGAAAGGCGUCUAUAGGUACGGUUGCAGGAUUUCGUACAGAGCGCCAGUCGCCAAACGCCACCCACCAGGCUACUGAAGCUCGAGAGUACCUUGACCACGAGCUCCAAUGUAACCCAGCGCUCUCCCAGGACAGACGCGGGGCGUUGGAAGCAGCCAGAAAAUUCGUCGGUCAACUUUCUAAUCCUAGGUUCACUCGGGGUGCGGAGGUUGAGGAAGAGUUUGACACUGACGAGGAUCUUCCGCGUCCUACUUUUACCCCAGAGCUACUCUACAUGAUGCUACCUGGUGCCGAUGGAGUCACAAAUUCUCAGAAUUUAUGGAUAUGGCCUGAUCACAUCUCCUCGAAGACUUUGGAGCGUAUGGGGCUUGCUAUCAUUGAGGGAACCGAAAACGAACAUACCUUACUUUAUUACCGCGUCAUCGUUUGGACAAAAGUCAUUACAUUCCUUCUCGGGUUAAUCAUCGUCACCCCGAGCGAGCCUCUGAGGGAACACUUCAAAUAUCUUCAGAGACAGUAUAGAGCUGCCGCUUUUCGAGAUCUCAACUCGAUAUCCGUGUCGGCUCCUCCAAGCCUUAUCCUGCUUCAGGCGUUGUUAUCUGGCGUGAGUCCCGCUAAUCCCCCUCUCUCCUGGUUGUCUGCUUACCCUUGUAAGAAACGCCUCAUGCAAUACUUAGGGAACCAAUCUCGCUGUUGGAUGUUCGUUUCUUACGCGGCGAAAGUUAUUGUCGCCCUAGGAUAUCACAAUAUUACGAACACCGUACCCCAAGACGACGUGGAGGAUGAGAUUCACGCUUGUCUGUACACUUGUUUCUACUUCGAUAACACUCUCAGCCUCCUUCUCCUCCGGCCCAUGUCUAUGCCAAAGCUCAAGGUCAACCCUGUCGACCUUGUUCAUAUGAGCGGAGAGCUACCAUUCAAGCCGAUAAUCUCUGGUAUCGUGGAAUUGGCCUGCCUCAAAGACACUCUUCUACCGAUCCUACUGGGAACCACGCCAAUGAGUGCAAAGGAAAAAGCGAAUGUUUUAUCUGAUCUGAUGACACAAACGAAGGAAGUGCAUUCUAGGCUUCAAGUGCAACGGAAACAUCAGGAACUGCAGUUCGCAUCUGCCUGGGGGCACCUCGAAGGCUCAUGGCUGUCCAUGGACUUUAAUUACUAUUCCACCAUGACUACUAUCAUCCGCGCCCGAUCAUCAGUUCUGAAAUCGCGCCCCGUAUGUGAAGAUUGUCUCUACGCGGCUCGAAAAGCAUCAACCACAUUACGUACGCUACAGCAAUUGUUUUCUACCCAAGUAUCCGAUACUGGGUAUCCGUAUUUCUUGACCUGGACUAUUUUGCUUUUCCCUCUCACGCCUUUCUUCGUCUUAUUCUGCAACGUCGUCGCAACAUCGGAUCACAAAGACUUCGAGAUGAUGAGAAACACAACCAACGACCUGCGCCAAUUCGCUGAGAUCCACCCGCCUUUCAGAAAGCUGUACGGACUUUUCUCGAAAUUCAUGGAUCUCUGCGCGCCUUUGAUGGAGAACACUCAACGGCCCCCGUCUGCGAGUCUUCUUCCCGCACAGAAUGGCCCGAAUAAUGCCCAUCUUGCGCCACCGUAUCCUGACAUUUACGACCGGUCUGUUCAUCAGCCGAACCUUCUUCCCAGUCCCAUAGCCAGUAAAGCCGAUUCUGGGGCAGUGGAGGGCUGGGAUGACAGUUUGAUGUGGGAGUUAUUCGACAAUCAGCCCACAAUUGGAUGGGCGGAGUCUGGAUUGUGGGACGCGAUGAUCCAGAUGGGUCCUUGA